AUGGUUGAUUGGGAAGUGCUUGACUUGUCCAUUGGGACAAGCAAUGCAUAUCAGCAAUCCGCUCAACUAUAUGCAAAUGGCAGAAUGCAGGUUCUUGUCUACGUUUGGAUCUCUGUUCAAAUCAAAGGUACCAAUCAGCUUUACAACUUGAGUCCUGACGAGCUCAGCGAAAUUGCUCUGGUUGACUACAACGAUCCCUAUAACGGCCUGGACAGAGAUGGGGACAUGCGCGGGGACUGGCAGUAUUCCGAAAAACCCGGUGAAUACGCACUGCCUUUGCCAUCUAGCAGAGUUGUCGGAGCUGCUACGGAUUUGCCUCAGCUGGCCAGAGGCUCUCAGACUCAGAAAUAUUGGGUCACUACUACAGCGCAAGAGAACAAAGACAUUGCGGCAUCCAUCUACCAACCUGAUGGCACUUUGGUCAAUACCACAAUGGCUGGUUUUGAGUCUCGCAUCACACUCGAGGGUCUCACGCCGAUCGUCUACACCACAGACAAGGAGAGCACCUCAGUCGAAAAAAAAUUCAUCAAGCAAGGAACGUAUCAUUGCGACUGGGAAGGCUCAUAUGACCCAUAUUGGUCCCAAGACAACUAUUAUUUUUCAUUAAAGCAGUUUCCUCUCCAUAAAGUCGAACUCCAUUGGUAUGACCGCACCGGACACGACAAUGGGCAUGACAACGAUCCUUGCCUCGUCGGUGCUGUUGCAAAGCAGCUGCAACAUGACUACCAAGUGUCUCAUAGCGCUGAUUUAAACGUAUUCUUUAUCUGGGAGCAUGGCACCAAAUCUCCGACAAAGGCUGGACUUUACAGGCAAUCGGGCAACAUCACGAUCAACGCCUACGCCAACAUAGAGGUCGAUCAACGAGAACUGGCGCUCUGUCUCACGCGCUUGAAGUUUCACUUUUUUCCUGGCCUUGGUGAGAUUUGGGGCACACAAUGGACAUUUAGUACUUGGUUCAUCGUCUACGACAUUCACGGCAACUCGGGCACCUUUGAAGUCACGUUGUCCGAGGACCACGAUUCCGUUGUCAUCCAAGACUCCAAAAGAUCUUCGGCCAUCGCCAGUUCGGAGAAGGAAUCCAUCAGCAAGCAAGAGAUUAAGCCCUCUCUCCAUGAUAAAGCCAAAGUAGAAGCCGCAGUUGAGGCUUUCAAAGAGAAAUACAAGGCUUAA